GCUCGAUUUUCGAACUGGGUCCGUUACCUUUUCUGAAAUGGUCCAAGAACUAAGUCUUGUUUCAGACCCUAUUGUAUUGCAUAUUUGGUCGUGCCUUCACAAUUAUGCCUACAAUGAUGCUUUAUUUGCAGCUGAAAGAUUAUAUGCUGAAACACACAAUAGCGAAAGCCUUUAUAUACUCGCAACCAGUUUGUAUCGAAUCGGCAGGCCGAGACAAGUUAAUAAACUACUCAACUCUGUCAAUUCGUUAUCUCCUAAGAGUCGGUUAGUUUCUUAAAAAUGGAUUUACAUUCGCUUAUUAGAUACUUGCUUGCAAAAUGCUACUAUGACAUUGGUUCACUAACGGAGGCUGAAGAUGCUAUACUGUUUUCUGGUCUUUCUUCUUCGUCCCUAGACGAGAUAACCAGUACUUAUGAAGAACAAUCUUGCUACGUUUUGCUACUUCUAGGGGAUAUUUGCAAACAUCAAGGAAGACUUAGUGAUGCUAUUAUUUACUACAAAAAAUGUCUCGAAAUGAAUCCUCUUAUGUGGUCUGCAUUUAAAAACCUCUGUAAUAUCGGUGAAUAUGUUGAGCCUUCCUCUGUUUUCCAGAAUCCUAGCGGGCUUAAACUUACAACACCUGUGUAUGCCGUUAUGCUCGACGAUCUACACAGUAAUCCGUAUGAAAGUGCUUCACGAGAAAAUGUCAACCCUCAAAACUGUGAGUCUUUUACCACUCAGGCUUUAAUGUCGUCAAAAGAUUGUGAAAGUAGUGAUCAGGAAACAUUUGUUGAUACAGAUUGUCUGUACACCAAUCAACGUCAUUUUGUCUCGUUUUGCUCUAGAAGCUUUAUUGGUGAUUUGGUACCUUCUCUCAAACCUGUAGACGUUCAUACCCCAGACAAGGUUAUGCCUUCUGCUUUGUCUCCGAAAGCUCCAAAACCUGUUAACCGAGUUGCACGCAAAUUGGCACAAAAUGUAAACUCGCAGUCCAUGAAACCAAAUGUACCUCGUUUUGGUUUACUUUCUUUUUUUCCUCAAAGUCCCAUGUUCGCUUGUGUUCCCGUAUUUUCAAAAAUUUCUGAGAAUCAAACUACAUCUCCGGAAUCAAUCCUCUCGAAAGCUAUGCAGUUGCCUUCAAGUCAGUGCUUACCAGAGUUACAGUUUACUCUUAACUCAUUAAAUAAUAGCCAAAAUGAUAUAACCUGUUUCCAAAUCCCUCGUCAGCGAAAUGAUACUUCAUGCAACAACAACACAACUAUGGGGACUAAAAGGGCCCCUCAUAUUGAUGAAUCGAAUGGAGACAGAAAUGCUGCAUAUAACGUCAAAAUUAAUACAUCUGUUACCUCUUCAGAGAAAUCUAAUGCUCUCUCCGAUACACCGACCAGUGCUCUACGUCAUCUUGUCUCCACUGCAGCAUCUAAUCUUGGUUUUCUAACGCUUGAGCCAAAUGUUACUUCAACUACCACCUCUCUUGUCAGCACACCAAGUGCCCGUCUUGAGCCACCUCUUUUACGUAGUACUUCUCAACGCAAUUUGUAUCCUACGCCCAGCGCCCGCCACAACCGCGAUUCUCUCUCAGUAUUGAGAUCAAAUUUGCAGUUUUUCAAUCCUGCUUCUCAAAGUCCUGGCAUGUUGACUUCUUCUUCAACACCAAGACCACUUUCGAGUCAACAAACAUCUACGGGGUGUCGAGCUGUCGAGAACACCACUUCUGUAGACAUUUCUACAGGUGGACCUCGGACAAGAUCUCAGGUUGCAGCAGCUGCAGCUGUAGCCAGAGCUUCUGGGAUUCAGAGAAAGUCAAAUAGAUUUUUAAGAAGCCGAGGUCAGAACCGCAAGUUUGAUUCUAAAUUACUACUAUCGGACUCGACGGGAAACUCUGCAAACAUGCAACCUAAAAUAACCAGUUCAGGUGUAUAUCCUGACCCCAGUUCCUUUAAAAGUAUACAUACUUCUACAAAUGAAGAUGCACCAGAUUUCGGAUGCAGCAAUCAUUAUAAUGCACCCUUGUCAAUCGAUGCCCCACCUAUAACAGAUGACCCGAGAAUGCUCUCACUACAACAGUAUUUAAACUUGUUAAGUCAACUUGGCAAAGCUUAUCAGAUGUUGGUGCGACAUCAGUGGCGUUCAGCUACCCGUCUACUUUUAAAACUUCCAAGCUCUCAACUUCAUACUGGUCGUGUUUUGGCGUGGGCAGCUCGUGCUCAUAUGGAUAAUUCAGAUUAUCAAACAGCUCAUAAGUUGUUCAAUGAAGCUCGUCGUAUGGAACCAUGGCAGCUAUCUGGAAUGGACUUCUACUCGACAGUAUUAUGGCAAGUCCAAGCUGAUCAGGAAUUAUCACAAUUAGCUCAUGAUUUAUUAGAACUUGAUCGUAAUGCUCCUGAACCUUGGUGUGUAGCAGGUAAUUGUUUCUCUUUGCAAGGUGAACAUGAAGCGGCUAUUAAAUUCUUCCGUCGUGCUCUUCAGGUUUCACCUACAAGUGCUUAUGCUUGGACACUUUUGGGUCAUGAACAGUCAACUCUAGAAGAGUUUGAUCGAGCACUAGCAGCUUUCCAGUUCGCCUUAAGAAUUGAUCCAAGACAUUAUAAUGCUUUGUUUGGCAUCAGUAAUGUUUAUUACAAACAAGAAAAGUUCGAUCUUGCCGAAAAUUACUUGGUUCGCGCAGUUGCACUUUUCCCUCAGUCACAUUUACUUUUGACUCAUCUUGCAGCUUUACGCAGUCGACUAGGUAGACUUGAUGAUGGGUAUGGAAGUGCAAUGGAUUUGAUUAGUCGUGCUUGUAAAAUUCAACCCAACAAUCCACUAGCUCGGUACCACAAAGCAUCUAUUUUAUAUCAUCUUGGACGUUAUUCUGUAAGUCUUAAUAAAUAUAGGUAAUGAAUAGGUUGUAUUCCUUUAAGUAGUUGAAUUAGUCUAUUGCCAAUUCGUUUUUUUUCAUGAUUCACUCGUACUGGCUUUAUCAAUGGAUUUCAGACUCAUUUGUCAAUAUAAGUCAGUAAAAAAAAAUUUAGUCAAUUAAAUUAACACGCUAGUUACUUGAAUAUGUGCGACAAUCUUUGAAGAUCAAAUUUACUUUAUUUUCAUAUCUGACUUGUUGAAUAAAAUACCGAUCCUAUCAACAGUUCCUUGUGCCUGUAUAUCAUUAAUAUCUUUCAAAUAUGCGAACAUGAAUUUAUUGGCUUAUUUGAUUUCUGGGUUUGCUUUGAUUUACCUACACAUUAUUCUAAGUGAAUACAUUAAUUAGUCAUUUGGGGGAAAAGUAUGUUAAAACAAUAUCUUCAGGCUUAAAAACAAUUGUGAGAGUGGUUUUACAUAUGAAAUUCUCAUUAUUCGCUAAUUCUCGACUUUUUGGUGUUUAUCUUCAAUCAUGAACUGUUAGAUAAUUAUAUCUUAAUUACCACUAUAUAGAGCUAAUCCGUGUCGGGUAGAGACAGGUAUCUACCGCACUACAAUGGAAGAUGGUCACGCAAUUUUGUGGAUUGCUUGAGGUUAGACAUUAAAACCGUUGGGUGCCGGCCCAGUGAUCUAGUAGGUUAGGCGUUCGCACGCGAGACUGAAGGCCCUGGGUUCGAAUUCCGCGAGCGGGAUCGUGGAUGCGUACUGCUGAGGAGUCCCACAAUGGGAUGAAACGGCCGUCCAGUGCUUCCAGGUUUUCAAUGUUGGUUUAACGUCAAUCGGUUCAAGAUCUCAAGCAAUAACUAUGGUAUAAUUUCUCGUUAUCGUGGUUCAAAUAUAUCUCCGACAUUUUGGUUUCUUAUUGUCCCUCUACAUUGUUUUAGGACACAUAAUUUAAAAAAACUAUUUUACCAGAAACUUUCUUUUCUGGUCGAUUUUAGACAAAACCGAGUGGAUCAUAUAUUUAUAUAUUUGCAAUGAUAUGAUAACAGUGUAGGCUGUAGUCACUGAAAAUUAAAAUUACUUGUAGAACUCAACGUAAUAAAAUGACGAUUGCAUCUGUUAACGGUAAGCAUCACUCUGGAACUUUUACAUACAUUUGAUUGUCCGAUUCAUCUAUCCAAAUCUUUAUCAUAUCUUCUGGUUUAUGCAGUAUCUUGUUUCUUACUUCUUUAAUGGUAUGAUGAUGUCAUAUCUAUGAUAUUAAUGGAGAUGGACCCAAAGGAGAAUAAUUCUACAUUUCAAUAUGUUAUUCCAUAUAAUGUUUCAUUAAGUGAGGCUUUUUUGUGUCCUAAAUUUUAUCCGAUUAAAAUUUUAAAGUACUUUACAUUGUUUGUUGUCCUCCUGAUUAGGAAGUAUUAUCGGAGCUUCAAAAACUUUUGGUUUUAACUCCACGUGAGGCUAUGGUUUACUUGAUGAUUGGACACACCUACAAAAAACUGGGAAAUACACCACAAGCAAUGAUUCAUUACUCAUGGGCUAUGGAGCUUGAUCCUAAGGGUGCUAACAGUCACCUGAGAGAUAUAAUGACCAACCCACCAAUUUCAAGUCGCGGGAUGAAUCGACAAGACACUUCCGAGUCAGGGGGUUGCGUGGGGGGCCAAAACACCGGCAACUCGGCCAGACCACAUUUCAGCUCAUUUCAACUUGGUGUUUGUGCUAACUUCGAAGAAGAGGAUGGUAAUGAGAUCAGUGACCGAGCUUCAGGAGCAGAUGAAGAAAUGGUAAACAGUUUGCUUCAUCCAUCACAAAGUGUGACUCGUUCAAACUUAGUUCGCCGACUGACUGAUUUCUCGUUACUGUAUGAAAUGGAAGGAUAUGAACAGGACCCUGUAAUAUCUGAUGCAGAUGAGGAGCACUACGAUACGAUGGAUUUGAGUGGUGGAGUUGAUAGUAGAACUGAGCGCAGCGUACCAGACGACUGAAGCAACUACCUUCGUCUUCUCUUAUGUGAUAUUGAUGAAACACCACUUUUUAUUUCCAUCCCUUAAUUUUGGUCAGUCUUAUUUACUUUCAUAUAAAACAUAUACAGGUUUCGACUCAAAGCCCAACGUGUAUAAAGUUUUAUUGCACAUGUGUUAUAUCGAAUUUUCAUAUAAAUAUAUGAUCAUUACGAAACU